AGUACCGGUUUCCUUCCACGGAGUACGGAUUUCAGUCCCCAACGAGAGCAGCGACAGCGACAGUCCAUUCGCCGAAUUCGUGCGAUCCCCGGCGGAAUCUGACGCGACGGCGCGUAGGUCUGCUCGAUUUGGGGUUAAACCUGGCCAGGAAUCGGUGGGCGGAGCGAAUGACGGUACCGGAGGCGGUGGCACUAGACAUACCGGCCGAGGAGGGUUCGCCGGUGGCCAGGGUGCCGCGGCGGAUCAGGAGGAGGCUCCUCCAGGCGAGUGAGUCAAGCGCCGACGCGCCGGCAACGGCCGAAGAGAUCGAGGCCAAGCUCCGCGACGCCCAACUCCGGAGGCAGCAAUUCCAUGAAACAUUAUCAUGCAAAGCAAGGCGUGCGGUCAGGAGUACUUCACAGCCAUCUCAGGGGGAGGAUCCCAAGCAGCGGCGCCUUGAAGUGAAGCUUGUGGCUGCUAAGCAGAAGAGGUUGAGCCUCUUGGAGAAAGAGCAGAAUCGUUUAGCUAAAUUGGAUGAGCUGCGUCAGGCUGCUAAGAAGGAUGCAGAAAUGAGGUUCAACAGGGAAAGGGAGGAGCUUGGCAUGAGAGUUGAACAUCGGGUACAGCAAGCGGAGGAGAAUCGUAUUCAACUCUUGCAUGCUCGCUUGCAGAGGCGAGCUGCGCUAGAGGAGAGGACAAAAAGGUUCUUUGGGCAAAGAGUGACAUCAGAGAACAAGUACAGGGAGACAACAGCGGUGUUGGCUGCGGCCUUUGACGUGCUGGGGAUAAAUCAGGAAUCUGCUAAUUCUCUACCAUUUGAAAAACUAGCUCUCUGUAUUGAAUCUCCAAAAGUUCUUCAGACCACCAGGGCAUUGCUUGAUUGCUUGGAGAGUCGUUUUAUUCUUUCUGAGACAUCAAGUUCAUGCACACCAGAAAAUAUCGACCAUCUACUCAAGCACCUGGGAUCACCAAAUACGAGAAUCCUACCAAGUAGUGCAGCAAGAGCUAGAGUAACACUAAAAAAGACAACUAGAAAUUCUGACGCUGGCAAGUUACCUAGAUAUUCACCAAGGGUAGUGCUCUGUGCUUACAUGAUACUAGGUCAUCCAAGCGCUGUUUUUAAUGUACAAGGCGAGCGAGAGAAACUACUUGUGGAGUCAGCAACAAACUUUGUGAAGCAAUUUGAGCUGCUGAUGAAGACAAUACUUGAUGGGUUAGAUGGUGCAUGCAUAUUGCAGCAAUCUACAUUAGGCGCAGUCUCUCCUGGAUCUUCUAAUAACCAGGAGUGUUCUUCAAUUGCUGCUGAUCGAACAAAAUUCAGAUCUCAGCUGGCUUCUUUUGACAAAGCUUGGUGUGCUUAUCUUUACCACUUUGUGGUGUGGAAAGCAAAAGAUGCUAAGUCGCUAGAGGAAGAUCUCGUGACAGCUGCAUGCAAGCUUGAGCUCUCAAUGAUGCAAACAUGCAAAUUAACUACCGAAGGCCGGUCAGAUAGCCUUAAUUAUACUAAUAUUAAUUCGAAGGCCAUCCAGAAACAGGUUAUGGUGGACCAGAAACUUCUAAGGGAGAAGGUUUGGCACCUAGGUGGUGAAGCUGGUAUUGAGAGGAUGGAACUUGCUUUAUCAGAAACAAGGUCAAAGUUUAUUGGAGCCAAGGAAAAUAGAAGCCCCUUGGCAACAUCAGAUGCAAAUGUCACAUCUUUUUCUGGACAGUCUCUUCUUUCUGACGCUAAAGAUAAUUUGGACAAGGAUGCUGAAAGGCUAGGUAGAGUUGUUCAAUCUUCGUCCAAGGCUUCUUCUUCAACGUCUCAAAGUAACACUAGAGGCAACGGUGGUCAAAUGAGCAGCAUAUGUCCAGGAAAGCUGCCAAUAGAGAAUGAGCUUGUCGGAUAUUUGUUCAAAGCUUCCUCUUCACCAUCUGAAAGUAACUCAGGAGACAAGGUCACCAGCAGCCAAAUGAGCAGAACGGUGCCAGAAAAGCUGCCAACAGAGAAUGAACAAAUGGUCAAUGAGAUUCUGCAUGGUUCUUUUUCUGAUAGCUCUGAUGAUGUUGGUAAAGUUGAGGGGGAUUUCAAGGCACAAGUCAGAGAAACAAUGGAGAAAGCUUUCUGGGAUGUGGUUGUGGAUUCAAUGAAAGGAGACACACCAGACUACAGUUAUCUGGUCAACCUAGUAAAGGAAGUCAGGGAUGCAUUGCACCAGAUGGCUAGUAAAGGGUGGAAAGAAGAAAUAACAAACAAUAUUAACCUUGAAAUUUUGUCCCAGGUACUUGAGUCGAGCUCGAGCACCCAAGGCACACAAUAUUUGGGGCAGAUUCUGCAGUACUCUCUGGGUAUGCUGCGUAAACUAUCUUCUCCUGCAAAGGAAGACGAAAUGAAGAUCAGUCAUGACAAAUUAUUGAAUGAAUUGAUCGAACACUCUGAUUCUCAUGAUAGAGGUCCAAAUGCAUUCAUAAUAGCUGUCAUCAAGGGCUUGCGGUUCACUAUGGAAGAAUUAAAGGAUCUUCAGUCUGAAGUCAGUAGAGCACGAAUCCAACUACUGAAACCAAUUAUAAAGGGCUCAGGUGGGGUCGAGUACCUGCAGAAAUCUUUUGCCGAUCGCUAUGGAUCCCGUUCCAAUGCAUUAGUUUCUCUCACUUCAACUAUUCAGUGGCUUUCUACCUCAAAGGAUAUCGUAGAAGAAGAAUGGAAUGAAUAUGUCAGCUCCUUACAGAUCCUGCCUGCAACAGACCAUGUUCAGCCAUUGGUUACGACCCUCCGAGCUGGUCGUGGAAUUCCAGAUCAGCAACAAUCUACAGUUCCUGUAGCAGGAAGUACAGAGCUACUACCAGAGUGCACGGGAGAAAUACUCGACAGGCUAGUAAGGAUUGGGCUAUUACAGCUUGUCAGCAGGAUGGAGGGCUUGGAAAGAAACUCAGUACCCGAGACAUUUAAACUCAACUGGUUGAGGCUGCGUGGUGUCCAGAGUCAGUUCCAACAAGUGAUCGUUAUGGCAACUGGCGCGCUUGUCCAGCGUCAAGUAUUGAUGAGCGAGGACUCAAAGAUCUCUCCCUCAGAACUGGAAAAUGCAAGCUUGGAACUGUUCAGCACGCUCACGGAGCUACUAGGCAGUUUUUCUGAUUUUGGCACAGAUAAGAUCAUCGAGGUGAUGGUCCGUUCAUCGACCUCGGCCGGCCCUUGUUCGGAUGAAAUGGUUGAGAACAGGAAGCAGAUGUUGAGCAGGGUCUUCCUCAAAAGCCUCCAGACUGAUGACACUGUCUUCAGGAAGGUGUCUCGAUCUGUUUACUGCACGUUCCGUGCAAUCACCCUGGGUGGCAACGGGACGAAGGGCAGGAAACUCGCCGAGGCGGCCCUGGGGCGCAUAGGGGCGACAAAGCUCACCGACCGCGUAGUGAAGGCAGCGGAAGUGCUAAUCAAAGUAGCAACAAUAUCAGAGCAGGUUCAUGGCCCGUGGUACAGUCGUCUCCUGUAAAUGUCUUGCUGGUUUUGUGAAUCCGGGGUGGGUGAUCAUAGCCGCUGGGUCACACAUCGCGAUGCAUCCCCGGUGGAAAAUUUCUGCAAUAGUUAUUUUGUACGAUUACUGGAACAGUCCUGUUUUGUUUGUCCAAGGUCCAGACGCUGGCUUUUUUGUACAGUUAUUCUAUAUAAAAUCCACCAUAACAUUCAACCA